GUCCAUUUCCUCUUCAAUUUCUUUCUGUUAUAUUACCGUUUCAAUAACUCCCUCUGACCUCAACCAUAACCGAGCCCUAGCUUUCCCUCGAAUUCUCGGGAAACAAACGGUCCAAUUUCCCCCGAAAUGAUGUCGUAUCAGGAGCAGGACAUGGAUCAAGACGACGACGGAGGGGGCACCUCCGAUAUCAGCACCAGCACCGGCGACCCGGAGGAGAACCUUAAUCACAAGGGCGUCUCGAAAGCCACAAGCUUCGAGAAUUCGAUGGCGUUGCAGGCCAUGCCGUUGAAAGAGGAGCCCUUGGACUCGGACCCGGACCAGGACCAGAAGACUCACCGGGCCCUCCCGCCGGUGACGCCCGCGCAGCCGAUCGGGAUGGUCCCCGCCGCGAUGCCGGUGACGGCAGCGAGGCGGUCGUCCACGAAGGACCGGCAUACAAAGGUGGAGGGUCGUGGUCGGAGGAUCCGAAUACCAGCCACCUGCGCCGCCCGGAUCUUCCAGUUGACCCGCGAACUCGGUCACAAGUCCGACGGCGAGACCGUCCGGUGGCUCCUUGAACACGCCGAACAGGCCAUCAUCGAGGCCACCGGCACCGGCACCGUCCCCGCCAUCGCCGUAUCCGUCGGCGGCACCCUCAAAAUCCCCACCACCACUACCUCCAACACAAUCACAAUCCCCUCCUCCACCACCACAACCACCAAGAAACGAAAACGACCGUCGAACAGCGAAUUCGUGGACAUAAACGACGCCGUGUCGCAGCCCUCGACUCUGGCGCCGGUCCAGCCCGCCACUCCCGCGGUCCCUCAGGGCCUGGUCCCGGUCUGGACCGUGGGCAACACGGGCAUGAUGGUCCCAGCCAACGCGUUCUGGAUGAUCCCACAGGCCCAGCCCGGACCCUCGUCGAACCAAUGCCCCCAGAUAUGGGCCUUCUCUCCCACGGUCUUCAACAUGUCGGCCAGGCCUAUCUCGUCGUUUAUCGACGCCAACGUAAAUGUUCCCACCGGCAUCGAGCUGACCAGCUCUGCGGCGAGCACGACCUCCGUCGGGGCCAAGGUGGCGAAUAACUCGUCGUCGACGAUGGCGGCGAGUGUCAGUUCGGGUGGUGGGAGUAGUAAAGCUCAGAUGCUGAGGGAUUUCUCGUUGGAAAUUUACGAUAAGCAGGAGUUGCAGUUGAUGAGUCGGGCUGGAAACCAGCAAACGCUUGCUUCAUCUUCGAAGCCAUGAAAAUGGAGGGACACAAACAGUGGAUUAAUUAGCGUUCGCAAAUUGGGUGCGCUAUUUCCCACUGCACAAGAUAAUAAGAAUCAAGAAACAAAUGUAGGGUUUUUCCUUUUUUUUUUUUUAUUUAAAAAAAAAAAAAAAAAUUCCUGUUUCUCUUUUGUGUU